ACCUGUUAUCACCUGUAGAUGGCGGCAGCUAACGACGUAGCCACAAUUCGUCUUAACAUUAUCUGAAGAAGAAGUGAAGGACCGAAAGCAGUAAUUUCUAGGCACAGAGGAUUCUAAAUAUUUAAAAAAACUUCUCUAUCAAAAUGCUUCCUUUGUCUCUGCUGAAGACCGCCCAGAACCAUCCAAUGCUGGUGGAGCUGAAGAAUGGAGAAACGUAUAACGGUCACCUGGUCAGCUGUGACAACUGGAUGAACAUCAACUUAAGAGAAGUCAUUUGUACCUCGCGGGAUGGUGACAAGUUCUGGAGAAUGCCCGAGUGCUACAUCCGAGGAAGCACCAUCAAGUAUCUGCGAAUCCCAGACGAGAUCAUCGACAUGGUGAAGGAGGAGGUAGUGUCGAAGGGUCGAGGACGGGGAGGCGCCCAGCAGAACAAACAGCAGGGCAAAGGGAGAGGAGGAGCAGGCCGAGGUGUGUUUGGGGGUCGGGGUCGAGGGAUGAGCGGCGCCGGACGAGGUCAGCAGCAGCAGGAUAAGAAACCAGGCAAACCACAGGGGAUGAAGAACCAGCACUAACCUGUUGGGAUGUAAGAAAAAAAAAAAACACGCAUAUACACAACAUCUUCCUCAGCACUCACGUACAAAGAUGCCUGUUUUUAGCUUCUUCCAGAUUAAUGGUAUUUGUAUUUUUUUUUUAAUUAUUACAAUAACCUUAUCCCAGUAUAUUACAUCUAGCUGGCAGGCUGUUUAUUAUUAAAAUAUAUUGUUUAAAAAAGUGUUAUUUCUCCAAACACAAGACGUUUUGUCAUGUGAUACACUGGAAUAAGGUUUUUAGUUUCUGUUUGCCGACCGUUCUAUUUUGUGGUUAGCAGCCCCUUUAGUGGAGGUACAGCAGUAGUCUUUAUGUCAUAACACUUUUUUUUUUUUUUUAAGUAUUUGUGUGACAAAAGUAAAGGAAAUAAGAGCUCUUAUUAGCGUGCAAGGCCAACAUAAUGUGGUUAUGAUGGUUUGGUUCUGUUUUUUUUAUGACUAGAGAUGCUGUAAUUUAUGUACAUGAGCACACAUGGGAAUAAACGAGCUUUUGUUUAAA